AAAUCGGAGUAAUUUGGGAAGAAAACAGAAACUGGGAAGGGAGGAGGUAGAGAAGAGUGGGGAGGACCCAGGUGGAGGGGGGGCCUCUCCAGUCCCACCCAGUUUAGGGGAUGCCCCUGCCUUCUCCACACGCCCCCCCUUCACCUGGCUCUUAAAGGGCCCGGCCCCUGCCGGCGGCUACUUAAGGCAGAGGGGCGGCGGCGGGCAGCAGCUGCGCUACGACUGCUCUGGGAGGAGCGGACGGGGCAAAAAUCCUGACCAUGACCCCCCACAGGCUGCUGCCGCCACUGCUGCUAACUUUGCUGCUCGCUGCCCGCCCAGGAGGCGCCUUGGCAAGGUGCCCAGGCUGCGGGCAGGGGGUGUCGGCGGGUUGUCCAGGGGGCUGCGCGGAGGAGGAGGAUGGGGGGCCGGCGGCGGCGGAAGGCUGUACGGAAGCUGGGGGCUGUCUCAGGAGGGAGGGGCAGCAGUGCGGGGUCUACACUCCCAACUGCGCCCCAGGACUGCAGUGCCAGCCGCCGGAGAAAGAGGAUUUGCCUUUGCGGGCGCUGCUGCAGGGCCGGGGCCGCUGCGGCCGGGCGCGCACGCCCUCGGGGGAGAAUCCUAAGGAGAGUAAGCCCCAAGCAGGAACCGCUCGCUCGCAGGACGUGAACCGCAGAGACCAACAGAGGAACUCGGGGACCUCUACCACUCCCGCCCGGCCCAAUUCUGGGGGCGUCCAAGACUCUGAGAUGGGUCCCUGCCGCAAACAUCUGGACUCCGUGCUGCAGCAGCUCCAGACCGAGGUCUUCCGCGGGCCUCACACCCUCUACGUGCCUAAUUGUGACCAUAGGGGCUUCUACCGGAAGCGGCAGUGCCGUUCCUCCCAGGGGCAGCGCCGAGGUCCCUGCUGGUGCGUGGAUCGCAUGGGCCAACCCCUGCCCGGGUCCUCAGAAGGCGGCGAUGGAAGCUCCCUCUGCCCCACCGGAAGCAGCGGCUAAGCCUGGGCUGGGGGGCUGCAGGGCCACUGGCAGGAGCAUGGGGCCAUCCUCUUGGGUUAUUUGCUGAGUGAUGGUAACUACACCGUUCAGGCCCUGCCCCACUGUCCCCCUCACCCCUGGGACCUCACAUGUGGAAAGAUUGCUGGUGUCGGCUUGGGGUGUUAAUAAAGCUGUGUUGGGGGGA